AUGCUACUAGUCUCUCGUCUGACGUGGUUCGCGGCAAAUGUUCGACACGUGCGAGGAAAAAUCGCGCGGCACUCGAGUUACGGGAGAAAAGUUCGCGCGACUGAGAGGGCCGAUUUUCCGCCAAAGUGGAGCGAUUUCUCGAGCGGUAGCGGAAACAAAACGUGAGGGUUUUAUUCUGGCAUCAUGAACAUCGAUGAAUUCCGUGUGCGCGGUAAGGAGAUGAUCGAGUACAUCUGCGAGUAUAUUCGCACGUUGGAGGGCAAGAGGGUGACGGCGAACGUCGAUCCCGGAUAUUUGAGACAUCUAAUCCCGAAAGAGGCGCCUCUUAAGCCGGAAUCAUGGGACGCCAUCAUGAGGGACGUCGAUGGCAAAAUAAUGCCCGGAAUCACCCACUGGCAGCAUCCGCGAUUUCACGCCUACUUCCCGUCUGGCAACUCAUUCCCUUCGAUCCUCGGUGAUCUGCUGUCAGACGCAAUCGGCUGCAUCGGUUUUUCGUGGGCGGCUAGUCCAGCUUGUACUGAACUUGAAACCAUCGUGCUAGAUUGGUAUGCUAAAGCAAUCGACCUGCCAGCCGAGUUCUUGUCGGAGCAGAAAAGCGGCGGCGGCGUGAUUCAGGGCUCGGCCUCUGAGUGUAUUCUGGUGACGAUGCUGGCGGCGCGCACGCAAGCAAUUAAGAUGCUGAAAGAGCAGGAACCCAAUACGGAGGAUUCGGCGUUCCUGCCAAAAUUGGUGGCCUAUUGCUCUACGGAGUCGCACUCGUGCGUUGAGAAAGCAGCGAUGAUCAGUCUGGUGAAGCUGCGGAUACUCGAGCCGGACGACAAAGCCGCCUUACGCGGUAGACGGCUCGAGUUGGCCAUCAGGGAAGACGUGGCGAACGGCUUAGUGCCGUUUUACGUGUCCACUACUCUGGGCACUACCGGGUCCUGCGCCUUUGACAAUCUUGUAGAGAUCGGGCCUGUAUGCAAGCUGUAUCCCAACAUCUGGUUGCACGUGGACGGCGCUUACGCUGGUAACGCUUUCAUCUGUCCGGAAAUGAGGCCAUUCAUGGCCGGCAUCGAGCAUGCUGAUUCCUUUAAUACAAAUCCGAACAAGUGGUUGCUGGUGAAUUUUGAUUGUUCUUGUCUAUGGGUGCGUAAUCGAAUGAAGCUCACGUCGGCAUUGGUCGUCGAUCCGCUUUAUCUUCAACAUGCUCGCUCGGGAGAAUCAAUCGACUAUCGUCAUUGGGGCAUCCCGCUCAGCAGACGAUUCCGGGCGUUGAAGCUCUGGUUCGUCAUGAGAUCGUACGGUAUCAACGGGUUACAAAAGUACAUUAGGAAUCACAUAAGGCUGGCAAAGAGAUUUGAGGCGCAAAUGAAGAAAGACAGACGCUUUGAAAUCCUGAAUGACGUGCGAGUCGGCCUGGUGUGUUUCCGAUUGAAGGAGAGCGAAGAAAUGAAUCAGGAAUUGCUGGCCAACAUUAAUGCAUCUGGUCGGCUGCACAUGAUACCAGCCCGUGUAAUGGGCAAAUAUAUCUUGCGCUUCUGUGUGACGAAGGAGGACGCGACCGAAGAAGAUAUUGAUUACGCGCUCAACGUGAUCGAGGAGCAUGCCACGGAAGUAAUGCUGGCACACUACGAAGGCACGGAAGAUGAGUACAGAGCAAAGGGUCCAAAGAGUCCGGCUGCCCUCGACAAGAAACUCGUCCGAAAGUUCAGUUUUACCAGGAGCGUUACCAGGGACGUCUACAAGAAAUCCAUCUCCAAGUCUAGCCUACAGGUAGUAUUAUCUUUCUUGGCGAAUCUUUAG